AUGCACCCCCGCCUCUUCAUCCUCUUCGCCGCCCUCAUGGCGCUCCUCGUCUUUGUCGCGGCCAACCCGCUUCCGAACGACAACGUCGUGGUCGCGAAGAGGGCGUUAAAGCAGUACGACAUCAAGCGCGCCAUCGCUGAGGCCAAGAAGAAGCGCGACGACGACAGUGACGACCACAAGCCGAAGCCGUCGAAGGUCUGGCGUCGUGAGGCUCCGACUCCCUCGAAGAUUUACGAGCGUCGUGCCCCCGCUCCUGUCCCGUCCAAGCGCUCCGCUUAG